AUGCUUCAAACGGAACUCCCUGCCCACAACCUUAACUCAGCGAGCUCUGUCUCUCACCCUGACCGCCCUCACUGUUAUACUCACUUGCAUUUUGACCCGAACUCUCACCGUGUUGUAGCGCGGCUGCAACCGGUUAGUAACUGCCAGAUCGACUCCAACACAUACUUUGAGAAGACCUGGAACGCGACUACAGCGCAACUUGUUUCCAAGUGGAAGAUCAGAACCAGUCGUGAUCGACAUCGGCUCAAGCGAAGCAUGGUCAAGCAAUUGACCCCAUUCAGGAACAGCAUCGUUAACUCACAUCUAUUAGGACCAAACCGCGCUGGUAACUUGCAUAGUGGAUCAGACAUAUCAGUAGUUGGUCUGGAUAGCGCCCAAGAUUCAGACUUGAUGGUCAUUGAUGAGCCCGAGAGUACUAGCCAAGCUUCCGAGCAAUGCCUAGCUGAGUUUGUAUGCACGAAGGAAUUGAAUACACAGAACAACAAAUCUAAGCCUGGCGACUUAUCAAAGAAGCAGCCUAGAUCAGCCGGCCCUAUGGAGAAAGAAAGGAAAGCAGGCGCUGCUUAUCGUUCCAGCCAUUGCCAACUCAGCCACGGCGAAAUAGGACUGACACCAGAUCAGUACGUGGCUAUUAAGAAACAAGAGGCCGUUGCGAUUGUAAUGGCUCAGUUUACACGAUGGUUUGAUAAGAGACUUGCGAUUAUCUCUUGUUCAAGUGCCGGGAACAGUGGCUCUAGACAAGGCGGAUCAGGCCGGUCAACGCGAUCGAAACGCCGCCUAGGCGGAGAUGAGCAGGAUAACUCCUCAGCCGGUGGUGAUGAAGGUGAUCCCAACAGAGGCGUUAGUAAACGUGUCAAAACGGAGAUUGAGGCAGAGCGAAAGUUCGCCUGCCCUUUCUACAAGCAUGACCCAAGAGUACACAGCAAGCAACGAAGCUGCAGUGGACCAGGCUGGACAUCUAUCCAUCGCUUGAAAGAGCAUUUGUACCGGGUCCAUCGUCUUCCAAAACACUCCUGUCCGAGGUGUAACGAUCCCUUCGAAGAUGCAAGGGACCUAGCCGAGCACCUUCGAGCCGACGUGCUUUGCGAGAAGAUGGAGCUAGUGCCAGCACUACAAGGCAUCGAUGAAGCUACUGAAGCUGAGCUAAAAGUACGGAAGAAGAGUUGUCCUGGCAUGACCGAUGAGCAGAGAUGGAGGGACAUAUACCUAAUUUUAUUCCCAAAUGCCAACCCACAAGCUACACCAAGUCCAUACUAUGAUGAAAGCGAUUCCAAGGAGAAGGCAGAGGAAUGGAGAAGAGUCAAGAAGAGAAUCCAAAAGGAAUUACCAAGAGUUGUGCAGAAAAAGGUAGAGAGAUCCUUUGAAAGGGUAGGGGCUGCUGUGCUGAGUGGCCUUGCCGAUAUUGUCCGCGAUGGCCUGUUCGAAAUCUUCCGGGACUCACCACACGAUGAUCGGUCACCAUCAUUGACUCCUGCUGCAAUUACAAGGGAACCAACGCCGAGCAUCUCUGCAGUCAGGGAAUAUUCUACCAUGACAACUGACGGGGCCAAGGACGCUUCAAUGGAUCUUUCGUACUACCUUGAAUCUGACAUGCCAUUUUCCUUCGGUGGAUUAGACGACCUGGAUUUUACUGCUCCAUUUGAGUUUGGAAGUUCCGCCGAGUGCAUGGAAAAGGAAUCGGACUCGGGGUAUGGUUCGACGGGUACAGGGAGGGGCCGGUUUGUUGAAACCGAGAUGUGAAGGAUGAUGUUGGAAGCUAAACAUGGAUUUUUCGUAUUCCUUCAGAAACGUUUCCUUUGUUCGUCAUGGUUUCCUGUGUUGAAAUAUUUGUAUGACAUGAACGACAACUCCAUUUGUUUAUUGGUUGGAAUAGCUAAGCAACCUGAUAGCUACUACAUAGGUACUGGGCCAAGUAGUUUCAGUCUUGGACUUGCCGCCUUGCGACAUAGAGUUCGUCUACUUCUCGCAUCUGCGAGCGGGUUUAGGUAGUCGCCAUUGAAAAGGUUCCUGAAGCUUAAUGUGUGAUAUUCUCAGUGACGUAUGUAUAUAGGUAGGUAUAGUAGCAUCGAAAGAACAUUGGUGUUGAUAUUCCGUCCUUAUCUUCUGACCCGAUGUAAAGGCUACGCGUGUAUAUCUUACUUCUUGAAUGUGCGUCCCAAGUAGGACGAAUCAAGUAUUGUCAGGGACUGUCAGAAACCAUUUGCUAAAUGCGCUUGGUGUGAUAGCUGGAGAUCAGAUAGUACUAUGAUGGUUGUUCAGGCCAGUUUUCGAGAGUUCCUUAUGCUUAGAGAAGAAGAGACUAAUAAUGUCUAUACCAGCGGGUUUAUUCCGUAAGAUGGCGAUGGUAGCAACCAAGAUUGAUUUCGUUGAUGACCAGUUGUGUCU